UUCGUGGGAACUCAAAAAAACCUGGAGCAAAUGAUGAUCGCUAAUCCAUUGUUGCGGAAUCUGGCCAUGUUCAGUAGUAAGACACUGGAGGCAAAGAUCGGAGAAAAGGGAGGCGGCAGUGAGCGGAAGUUUCCUUUGAAGAUAUUCUCCAAGAAGUUUCCGCGAAAGCACUCUAGAGCAUUUGACAAUAACUUUGAUGAGGACUAUGUGCGACUCAAUGAGACGUACUUCCAAGACGUUGAUAUAACUGACAACGACAUCCGACGACGGCCCGCUGAGCGACCAUCCUUAGCUGUGGAGGAACCGGAGCCAACGAUAUCCUUUCAGGAAGAGGUACGUGGCCUUAGUAUCAGCCACUGGUCUUAG